CCUUGCUGAAGAUCCGAUCCAACACGGGCCAGUGUGCACAGCCAUCCCGAUCCAUACAGACCAUCUGUCUGCCCCCAGUGUAUGGAGAUGCCCGUUUUGGCACAAGCUGUGAGAUUACUGGCUUCGGAAAAGAGAAUUCCACCGACUAUCUCUAUCCAGAGCAGCUGAAAAUGACCGUUGUGAAGCUGGUUUCCCACCAGGAGUGUCAGCAGCCCCACUACUAUGGGUCUGAAGUCACCACCAAAAUGCUGUGUGCCGCUGACCCACAGUGGGAGACAGAUUCCUGCCAGGGAGACUCAGGGGGGCCCCUGGUCUGCUCCACCAAAGGCCGCCUGACUCUGACUGGGAUUGUGAGCUGGGGGAGUGGAUGUGCCUUCAAGGACAAGCCAGGAGUCUACACGAGGGUCUCACACUUCCUGCCCUGGAUCCGCACUCACACUGGGGAAGACAAUGGCCUAACCCUGUGAGGGCCCCCA